GAGGUGCGCACGCGCACGCGCACGCGCCCCGCCCUGGAGGCUGCGGCGACGGGUCCUCCUCCGCCGUCCGGUCGCGCCCUCGCGGAAGCUCGGCAGUGCGCGUGCGCCCGCACCCGCUCUCCAAAUUAGAAAGGGGACGUCUAGUGGGUUGCCCGGGAGGGGUGGCGGGAGCGGUCCCGGAAAUAAUCUGUCCUCCGUCGCCGGGAACUGGCGAGGUAGUUCCUUCGCGGUGGAGAGACCUGGAAUGGCCAAAUAUCAAGGUGAAGUUCAAAGUUUGAAACUGGAUGAUGAUUCAGUUAUAGAAGGAGUAAGCGACCAAGUACUUGUGGCGGUUGUGGUCAGUUUCGCUUUGAUUGCUACCCUGGUAUAUGCACUUUUCAGAAAUGUACAUCAAAACAUUCACCCAGAAAACCAGGAGCUAGUAAGGGUACUUCGAGAACAGCUUCAAACAGAACAGGAUGCACCUGCUGCCGCUCGACAGCAGUUCUACACUGACAUGUACUGUCCCAUCUGCCUGCACCAAGCCUCCUUCCCGGUGGAGACCAACUGUGGACAUCUUUUUUGUGGUGCCUGCAUUAUUGCUUACUGGCGAUAUGGUUCAUGGCUUGGGGCAAUCAGUUGUCCAAUCUGUAGACAAACGGUAACCUUACUCCUAACAGUAUUUGGUGAAGAUGAUCAGUCUCAGGAUGUUGUGAGAUUGCAUCAGGAUAUUAAUGAUUAUAACCGGAGAUUCUCAGGGCAACCCAGAUCUGCUCAAGUGCGGUGGUGCAAUCUUGGCUCGCUGCAACGUUUGCCUCUUGGGCUCAAGCCAUCCUCCCACCUCAGCCUCCCAAGUAGAUGGGACUACAGGUGCAUGCCACCACAACCCGGCUAAUUUUUAUAUUUUUUGUAGAGAUGGGGUUUUGCCAUGUUGGCCAGGCUGGUCUCAAACUCCUGGGCUCAAGUGGUCCUCCCACCUCGGCCUCCCAAAGUGGUGGGAUUACAGGCAUGAGCCACCACUUGUGGCCCAAUGUCUUUGAAUGUUCCAACUCCUUACUGUGGCUUACAAGGCGCCACAUGAUCUGGUCCUCCCUCCCUCUCCAAAUUUCUGUUAACCGCCUCAAUCACCACCCUGCAGCCACCCUGCUCUAUGCUCUCAGCACACACACAAACUCCUUCCACCUUAAGGCUGUCACACCUGACACUUCCUCUGCAUGGAAUGCUUGUCCUUCUGCUCUUAUGGUGAUUUCCCAGUCUUUAAAUGACAACUAUCUUAAGUAGACCCUCCUUGGAGAAGUUUUCCUUGCUCUGUGGCUGCCCUCUGUACCUUUCCUUCAUGGCGUUUAUCAUAGACAGCACUCAAUUCUUGUUCGUUAUCUUUCUCUCAGUAAACUAAAAGCUUCAUAAGGGUAAGGACCAUUUUUAUUUAUUUACCACUGCCAAGUUUACAACAGUGCCAAAUUUGGUGCCUUAAUGUGUGUUGAAUAAAUGAAUUACUGUUAAGAUAAGAAUUGAUACUGCUGCUCCCAGCCGAAUAUAUUAAGCUAUUCAGAUGCUUCAGUGUUAAACAGACAUGUGCUCAUGCUCCAUUGUUCCUUGUUCUGUGAGGUCGUGUACAUUUCAGGGCAUAGAUUUCAACUGUUAUGGAUGAUAAUGGGUAGAUUUACCCAUUUUUCAUUGAGCAGGAAAAAAAAAACUUAAUCCAAUCAUGUUGUCCUCCAUAAUUAUUUGGGAGCCUCUUCUGCAAUUUUGACCCAGCAAUUUUUUUUUUACAUAUCCUCCGGUGACAUCAGUAGGAUGGUUCUUUAAAAAUGCAACCUGUUUCAAAUUUAAGAGCUACCACUAAACUUUAAUAAAGUCAUUUAACAUUUUUCUUUUCAUUUCUUUUCUUUUUGAGACAGAGUCUCGCUCUGUCGCCCAGGCCAGAAUGCAGUGGCGCGAUCUCGGCUCACUGCAACCUCUGUCUCCUGGGUUCAAACAAUUCUCAUAUUUCAGCCACCUGACUAGCUGGGAUUACAGGUGUGUGCCACCAUGCCCAGCUAAUUUUUGUAUUUUUAGUAGAGACGGGGUUUCACCCUGUUUUCCAGGCUGAUCUCAAAACUCUUGGCUUCAAGCGAUCUGCUCACCUUGGCCUCCCAAAGUGCAGGGAUUACCAGUGUGAGCCACUGCAUCCGGCCUUUAGAAUUUUUCCUUCAUUAUUUUUAAAAUGUGAAGCAUACUAUUACUCAAUUAUUAUUUUUUGUGUCAGAUAUUUAAUGAGUAAGAAAGCCUGGUAUGUGAUGAAAUUAUAAUAUAAAAAAGGCAUUUAGCUCUUUAAUAUUCUGCCUCUUUCAAAGUUGGAGUAAGUUUAUGCAGAAACAUUUCUUACUAAACCAUUUCAUUAUUUCUGGUCUAAUUAUUAAAGAUUUUGUAUAAAUGAUGAUACUAUAUUACAAGUGAACAAAAUAGCUCUGAAAAAGGACAGAAGGGUAUUCAAAAGACAUGCUGGCUGUUUGUUAGAGUAUCUAAAGUCAUUUACUAUAAACUUUGUGAAAGCUGUAAGGCUGUUUUGCUUUAGAUAUUAGUUCUUCCACAGAACAUAGGAAGUGAUUAUGAAACAACCAUUCUUGUACUUCGGUGACCAUUGUUCCAAAAGGAGUCACAAGAUGAUUUUCUCUUAGUCUGGGGGUUUCAAAAACUAUUUUCUCCUCACUUGCUCAGUUCUUUGCGUUUUUGUCUCCAUCUCCCUCUCAACUUAUUUGGCACUUGUUACAUAAAACGCCUAUCUAGAGUUUGGGUGUAUGACUGUUACACAGAUUGUUAAACAUAGCAGAGAAAUGACCAGAGGAAGUGAUUCACCAGAAGGAAUCAGUUUCACUGCUAUUCUUAAACUAUUUAAGCCAUCAAAGUUCCUGUGUCUUUAAUGUAUAAUCACUUCUAUAUUGUCUGGCAAGUUAUAAAGGUCUUUCAUACACAGUAUCUCUUUUAGUUAUUUUUUUCUUUUGAAUUUUUAGUCCGCUUGCCAGGGAACCUUUUCGUUCUUAACAGUCCUUGCACAUAAAUACACAGUUAGUUGUUGAAUUAUCUCUAGUAGGUUAAGCAACUGUUCCUAAGAUCACCUGGCUAGUAAGUGAUUGAUUUUGAAUUCAAACCCAGAUCUGUCUGACUUUAAAGCUGAGACUUAAGCUCAAGUCUCAGACUCUAAUCCUGCGCACUAGAUUCUUUGGUUUAUUUUACUAACUCAAAUCAGAUGUUACUUGAGUUUUGCAUUACUAUAUCCCAUAUUUUAAGCUUGAUGACACUUUAUUUGCCUUUCAGUUAUCUGCAAUAAGAUCUAUUCUGUAAGAACUAGUAUCCAAAGAGCUAUUUUUAAAUACAACACAUAAUUAGAAAAUAUGAUGUUCAAUCAAUGUGUAACUCCUUAAUUCAUCUUAACAAUGUUUACAUAUAGUAAGAAAAUUAUAUUAUUUUGAAAUCUGACACAUUAGGUGCUGAAUCAUAAUACUUGUUUUUCCCUC